CACAUGGGGAAGUGCGCCGCCUAGACCCGCUCUAUCUCGCAUGUUCUUUUUCACGGGAAUAGUGACAGUGACUUGAUGGGGCGCGCCCCAUGGCCUCCAAGAGCUACCAUGACAUCAUGAGGCGCGCUCCCCUCCCCGCGCGCUGGUUAAAAAGAAGCAGAAAAGGAAAGAAACAUGAGAGCACUAGUGAGAUAUCUUGAGAGGAUUGUAGUGCUACUGUCUUACUUUAACAUCCAUUACAUGUAUUUUCUGGCAGAAGCCACUGCGUACGAAACGCCGCUGACAUAAAAGACUGAAGCCUAACAGCCUUUCAAGGUACUGUAUUUUUGGUCUGCAAGUGGUGCAUGUCUGUUCUUACUUGGUUUAUACUGGCUGGAGGGUACAGUUUUUUUUGUAAGUUACUGGACAAAACGUAUUUGAACCGUGAGUGGUCGAGGGUGUUCUGAUUUUAUUAGACUACCUAGACUAUGACGAAGGCUCACCUUAAUGUGGUCCUUAUUGUAGCUGCUGCUGCAAGUUUGUUAGAGUGUGACGCUAAGUUUGGUGAAACAAGUGACAGUAGUCCAAGAAGAAGAAGGUGCUUGGAUGGAAGUAGCCCAAGGCGCUUGAAAAAUAAAGACAGAAAAUUGCCCCUGGACUUUGCUGGAGAACUGUGCAAUAGAUUGUACCCCCGUUUAUCAUGUUGCAGCAGAAAUGGACACAGUCGGGGCCAUGCCAAUGACUCCAAGACAUUUUCAGUCACCAACAACACAGACUGUGCAAAGCUGCUGGAGGAAGUCAAAUGUGCAUACUGCUCCCCUCAUGCCCAGAAACUGUUUAAUUCACCUGAUGUCAAAGAAACAGCCGGAAAGGGAGUUGUUCUGCCUAUGCUCUGCAAAGACUACUGCAAAGACUUUUACUAUUCUUGUAGAAGCCACAUACCAGGGUUAUUCCGAACCACAGCAGAAGAGUUCUGCCUCUACUAUGGAACAGAUGGCGGGUUGUGCUUUCCAGAUUUUCCCAGGAAACAAGUGCGAGGCCCAGCUUCUAAUUAUCUAGAUCCAGUAGAGGAAUAUAACAAAGUGGAAGAAAUUAACAGGAAACACAAGCACAGUUGUUUCUGCAUUCAAGAGGUUGUGAGGGAACUGAGACAGCCUGUAGGGGCUGUGAAUAGUGGAGAUGGAUCACAACGUCUCUUCAUUCUUGAAAAAGAAGGUUAUGUCAAAAUUUUCAGCCCUGAUGGAGAUAUAAUAAAGGAACCAUUUCUGGAUAUUCACAAGCUUGUCCAAAGUGGAAUAAAGGGAGGAGAUGAAAGAGGACUGUUAAGCCUUGCAUUCCAUCCCAAUUACAAGAAAAAUGGAAAGCUGUAUGUGUCUUAUACCACCAACCAAGAGCGGUGGGCCAUCGGACCACAUGAUCACAUUCUCAGAGUAGUGGAGUACACAGUAUCAAGGAAAACUCCUAAUCAAGUAGAUACCAGAACAGCAAGAAUAUUGAUGGAAGUAGCUGAGCUGCACAGAAAGCACUUGGGAGGUCAACUUUUCUUUGGUCCUGAUGGUUUCUUGUACAUAAUGCUUGGAGAUGGCAUGAUCACAUUGGAUGAUAUGGAAGAAAUGGAUGGACUCAGUGAUUUUACAGGCUCCGUUCUUCGACUUGAUGUUGAUGUAGAUUCCUGUCUUGCACCUUAUUCCAUCCCAAAGAGCAAUCCCUACUUCAACAGCACCAACCAGCCACCAGAAAUAUUUGCUCAUGGUCUUCAUAACCCAGGCAGAUGUUCUGUAGACCAGCAUCACAAAAACAUAAAUGCCAGUGCAACAAUAAUUUGCCCAGAGUCAAACAGUAGAAAUGGCUCUGCGAUAAGAAUACUUCAGAUUUCUAAAGGAAAGGAUUAUGAAAAUGAACCUUCAAUUUUGGAAUUCAAGACAUUCAGCACUGAACCACUCAUUGGUGGCUUCAUAUACAGAGGUUGUCAAUCCAGAAGACUCUAUGGGAGUCAUGUAUUUGGAUAUCGCAAUGGGCAUUUUAUAACAGUCCAACAAAAUCAAGUGACAAAGCGAUGGCAAGAGAAACCACUAUGUCUGGGAAGCAUUGGUUCAUGUAGAGGUUCACCUGCAGGUUAUAUUUUGGGGUUUGGAGAAGAUGAACUAGGUGAGAUCUACAUUUUAGCCAGCAGUAAAAGUAUGACACAGUCUCAUAGUGGAAAGCUGUACAAACUGAUUGAUCCAAAAAGGCCUUUAGAUCCUGAAGAAUGUCAGAGACCAGCAUACCCUCCACAGCCUCUGAUGUCUGAAUGUUCUCGUCACUGUAAAAAUGGGCAUUGUACUCCAACAGGAAAAUGUUGCUGCAGUCCAGGAUGGGAAGGAGACCUCUGCAGAUUGGCAAAAUGUGAACCAGCUUGUCGCCAUGGCGGAGUCUGUGUAAAGCCUAACAAGUGUUUAUGCAAAAAAGGCUUCUUGGGUCUCCAAUGUGAGCAAGUGGACAGGAACAUUCGAAGAGUUACAAGAGCUGGCAUUCUUGACCAAAUUAUAGAUGUGACAUCUUAUUUGUUGGACCUUACCAGUUACAUUGUAUAGUUUUGGAGACGCACUUGUGAAACAGUUCACUAUUAACAAAGGGCAUUCACUUCAAACUGUCAUAUAACAUUUUACCAAAUGUUGUUAUCCUGCUGUUUGACAUGUCCUUUCAUUUAAUUUCUAAAAUAACUAUAUUUAUAGAGACAUGGGCACACCCACACACUAGAAUGUGUCACUGUGCAGGUACAGUAUGAUGUGUAUGAUUGUUGACAUACACAUACAUGUAUCUACUCAAAGCAGAUUUGCUAUUAUAUUAUAUAUUCAGUUUGGAAAAUAAAGAAGAGCUAAAUUAAAGAAAAAAAAAAUAGUUUACCAAGUUAGGAAUUCAGAACUUGGUGGCAUGCUUCCAAACGAGUAAUUUAUUGUAAAAAAAAAAAAGUUGCAGAAAUUUGUAUGCAUCACUGUACUUUACUUAAUUAUAUGCACUUACCUCUAUUUUGACAGAUAUGUAGACAAUUGAUCAUACAUGUAAUUACCCAGGACUUUUUGGAAGCUACAUUUUCUAACUGUAUAUUUUAAACCUAUAUUUCAUGAGUCCUAAUUCUAAGUGACAAUGACAGAGAAUGAAUGUGCGGUAUGAAUGCAAUAGCAUGAAAUAAGGAACUUGGUUUAAGAUAAGAAAAUGAACUUCUCUUCAUUUCAGAAGAAAUUACUUUAUAGCAGAUGGAUCAUGCUGAAAGAAGUGAGAAUGUAACCCUGAAGCACAGUUUGUACCAUUGUGGCUUUUCCCCAAGUUACACUACUCAACAGAUUGUAGUAUAACUUUCAAAGAAGGCUUUAAAGGUGUUUUCACAUUAUCAGUAGCAGAUUAAAGGUGUCAUGCUAA